AUGAAUGGAAACACCAACAAUAACCCUUUCUCUUCCUAUCACAAUAACAAACAUACUACCGUUACCAAUAAUAAUAACAAAAAUAAUACCUAUAACCAUAAUGAUAUCGAUAAUAGCACAUAUAACGAGAAUAAUGAUAUAAAUAUUAAUAAUAGUAAUCAAUUACAUCAACGUUCAAAUACAUCAGCUACCGUAUCAGGCUCAUUUGAGCAUAAAAGAACACAGUUAUUUGGACCUGGGUUUGGAUUACCAAAUUUCCCCGCAAAAACAGUUUCCAACAAUGAAGAUCAUGAUACCAAGAAAAUCUAUCAUAACGAAAAUAAUAGUGGCAGCGACGUACCAUUAAAUUACUCGAAUACAAUCCUAGCACAAUUAGAGAGCCAAAGUGAAAAACACAUGAACGUAAUGGGAACUAAGAUCAAAGCAUUAAAAGAGUUAUCUGUUAAAAUGGGCGAUGAAAUCAGAAGCAGUAACCAAACAAUAGAUCAAUUGGGUAAUACUUUUGAAAACACUUCGGCAAAAAUUAAAAAAAAUUUCCGUAACAUGAUGGACAUGGCCAAAAACUCAAGAGUCAGUUUGAGAACAUGGUUGAUAAUAUUCAUUGUCAUUAUAUUUUUCUUUCUACGUGUUUGGACCAGAUAA